AUGAUUCAAUUCAUGGACGAGAUUAUUUUCUUCACGGUUGCCCCAGGGAACUGGGCAGCGACUGAUUUUUACAAGGUUAUUGUACCCAGUGUGAUUCUCAUCUGGUUUCUCAUAUUUCAAGAUUCCAGCUCGAGUUUUUGGAAUUUAUUUUUCCGGGCUGGUAUUUUCUUGCUUCAAGCCAUCUUUUCUGCGAGUAAGAAAGCUUGUGAUGCUUUCAGUGAUGAAGGGGAGUUGUGUGAGGAGGAAUGUGUAGAAGUAAUGAUGGGAAGAUUGAUGAUUUUCGGGGAGGUUAAGGAGAAGGUGGGGAGGUCGGACGAGGUUUUGCAUUUGUUUGAGGAGAGUGAGCCGAGUGUGGCGGAGAUUAAGGAAGCUUUCGACGUGUUUGAUGAGAAUGGCGAUGGGUUCAUAGACGAAAAGGAGGUGGAGAGGAUCCUAUGCAGAAUGGGUUUCUCGGAGGUUUCGCAGGAGGAUUGUAGGAAGAUGAUCAUGGCUUAUGAUGACAACAAAGAUGGGAAGAUUGAUUUUCGUGAGUUCUUGAAGCUAAUGGAGCACAGUUUUGGAUAG